ACUUGCUAAUCAUUCAACAGGAACCUUUCUCUCCUAUAUAUAUGAUUCAAUUGUAGCUACCAGAUAAACUAGAAUUUCUCUCUCUCUCUCUCUCUCUCUCCCUCCCUCUCUCUCUCUGUCUCUCUGAAACACACAGAAGCCAUGCAUAUCAAUUUCCAUCUGCUCCCAACACCUCAUAAUAUUUCUUGACUACCCCUUCAAAUUCACAUCAAUAAUAUGGAUAAAACCCUACUUCUCUUCAAUCCCAUCCACGAAUAUGCAAGGGACGCGUGUCACAUAAUUCCUCCUCCUCCCCACCAUCCCCCUCUCCGAGCUCUCUCUUCCCUGACCUUUAAUUCCCAGACCACCAUGCACGUCCAACCAACAAAACCCUUGUAACUAUCUUUUGUUUUUUCCUUUUUCAAUUAAAUUAAAGCCAUGAAAGCUGAAAUGAGAGGAAACACGUCUAUUUCUCUACAAAACCCUACUCUCUUCGAAACCCACCAGACCCCUCUUUCCGGCGCGCUUAACGGGUGCCUCGGGAGCCUCGACGGCACGUGUUUGGAAAAGCUCCUACUUCACUGCGCCAGCGCCCUGGAGAGCAACGACGUCACUUUGGCCCAACAGGUCAUGUGGGUGCUAAACAAUGUCGCCUCUUCCGUCGGCGACCCUAAUCAACGGCUCACCUCUUGGUUCCUCAGAGCCCUCAUCUCAAGAGCCUCUAUGGUUUAUCCCACAUCGAUUAAUUUCAGCGGAAGCAGCACUAUUCAAAGACGGUUGAUGUCGGUGACGGAGCUAGCCGGGUACGUUGAUCUAAUCCCUUGGCACCGGUUUGGAUUUUGUGCCUCCAAUAGCGCCAUUUUGAAGGCAAUCGAAGGGUUCCCAAGAGUUCACAUCGUAGAUUUUAGCAUCACACAUUGUAUGCAAUGGCCUACACUCAUAGACGAAUUGGCAAAAAGACCAAAACCCCCUUCUCUUCGCAUCUCAGUGCCUUCUUCUAGGCCACCUGUCCCUCCUUUGCUCAAUGUAUCAACCGAAGAAGUCGGUCUCCGUUUAGGGAAUUUCGCAAAGUUUAAGGAUGUUCCUUUUGAAUUCCAUGUCUUUGACAGCUCAUCACCUAAAGAUCAGCAACAACAACACUUGAUCAAUCCUUCCCUCCUAAAUCUUAGGGAUGACGAAGCUUUGGUGAUAAAUUGCCAGCACUGGCUACGAUUUUUGUCUGAUGAACAAAAGGGGAGAGACAAUUUCCUCAACACAAUCAAAAGCCUUAACCCUCAAAUCAUAGUGGUGGUUGAUGAAGAUUCUGAUCUGAGCGCAUCGAGCCUCUCAUCAAGAAUUACCACUUGCUUUAAUUACCUAUGGAUACCCUUUGAUUCCUUGGAGACUUUUUUGCCAAAAGAUAGCAGGCAAAGGAUGGAAUAUGAAUCUGAUAUUGGUCAUAAGAUUGAAAACAUCAUUGGUUUUGAAGGGGUUCAGAGGAUAGAGAGGUUGGAGUCAGGAAUUAAGUUGUCUCAAAGAUGUAAGAACGCUGGCUUUUUAAGCAUUCCUUUCUGUGAGGAGACUGUCAAGGAAGUGAAGGGGUUGCUUGAUGAACACGCUAGUGGGUGGGGGAUGAAGAGGGAAGAAGAUUUAUUGGUGCUCACAUGGAAAGGCCACAACUCUGUGUUUGCCACAGCUUGGUUCCCAAAUGGUUUGGAUGAUUAAAAGGGUGUUGACUAAAUUUGGGAGAUUUGUGUAGCAUCUCUCAAAAUGUUACAUAGCAUGAAAUGGGGUUUGGGAUUUUGUUUUUUUUUGUUUUUUUUUUUUUUCUGCUUAAUUGGGUGGUCCAGAUAAUGAGGCAGUGACAAAACGUGUUGCUUUUUUUCUCUUUGGCAAAAGGCUGCAAAUGGGCAUCAGACAAAAAGAAAAUCGGCAGCAUUUUGAGAGUAACCUUUCAUUGCUCACUUUGUACUGGAGCUGUAGGCUGAGCUAUGGUCACAUGAAAGGCGAAGAGAUAACUGUACAUAAUUGUCUUAAUUUGUAGGAGACAAAAUUUCUAUCACUUUAUUUUCCCAUGUCUGCAGACUGCAGUCUGCAGCUUCUUAGUGUUUUUUUUUUUUUCUCCUUAUUUUGUGGCCUGAAAGCGUGCACUUUUUUUUUUUUCAAGCAAGA